UGGUUUUUGUGGCAUAAAUUUUAACAAUGGCGUGGGGCAGUAGGGAUCAAAGGAAAGGGAUUUCGUGGAACUGUUUAAGGCCUUGAUCCGUAUCGUAAUAGGAGCUUUAUGAGAACCAUAAUCAUUAAAAUUGCACUUGGCUGAAAUUUCUCUUCUUUUGGGGAAAGAACACAAUCUGCCCCUGCUUGAUCUUUAUGGUUACCAAAUUCUGGUUAAUUGGACACUAAAAUUUGAAUUAUUGGAUUUAUUUAAUUGGAAUCAAAUAGCAACUUUUCUAUUAUUAUCUUUAUCAUUUAUUGUCGAGAGAAUUUGGUGCUCAUUUUGUAAGAUCAAAAUCUGACCUUAUGCUCAAGAAAAGCCAUAAAAUUUUGCGUAGGAAACAAGUUUUCUGGGAAUUCAGUGAUAACUAGGUGUCUGUUCUGAUUAGUAUUAAUAUGAGCGCCCCUCCUGGCUAGAUAUCAGUGUUCCCCGAUUCGCUCAGUCGCAAUGAAGAACCUAGUAGCGAGUAUAUUAAUAUUCGCUUGCUUGAUCGUUUGCCAGUCGGGAUCUGCACAAUUUCUGGAGCAGAACUGCGGUGUUCGCGCAGGAUCGGAAAGUUUGCUGAAGCCGAAAAUAAUUGACGGCUCUAAUGCGGAAAUAACUUCGAGUCCCUGGAUGGCAUAUUUGCAUACGUCUCCGGACUUUGUGUGUUCCGGGACGCUCAUUCACAAUCAGUUCGUGCUGACUGCUGCGCAUUGCAUUCGUGAUAGAGAAACGCUAAAGGUUCGCCUGGGAGACUACAACAGAAGGACAAGUACUGACUGCUCGGAAGCAGAAGCGGGCUGCCUUCCUCCAGCUGAAGAGUAUGACGUUGAUAUGGCCAUCAAAAAUCGUUUUUACAACAGAAAUGUGCAUCCGAACGAUAUAGGACUGCUGCGACUGGCGCGAAAGGUCCAGUUCAAAAUGCACAUUCGACCAAUCUGUCUGAUCAUGGAUCCGAGGGUAACCCCUAUGGUGGAGACACUUUCCUGGUUCAAUGCCACUGGCUGGGGCAAAACCAGAAGUGGUAGCACCAGCGCCGUUCUUCAGACAAUCACCUUGGACCGGUACCGUCGGAACGUGUGCAAUGACCAAUUCAGAGUAUCGCUGGCAACGAAUCAGUUCUGUGCCGGACACCGCACUGGCAACCUCUGCAACGGUGACUCCGGCGGGCCCUUGGGUAGAGUGGUAAAGUAUAAGGGCCUGGAGCGCUACGUCCAGUUCGGGAUUGCUAGCUACACCACCCGGAACUGUGUCGGCCCUUCUGUCUACACGGGUGUGGUCAGUCAUGCAGAGUGGAUCGCGCGUGUCAUAAAGCUGUUCAACAAUCCUGCUCCCACCAAUAAUCUACUAUCUAGCCAGAAAUUGGAAGGUCAAAAAACUAAUCCACUAUCCAGAAAGAAUUUGGAAGGAGAACGUCCAACCAGUGAGGAUUCAGAUGCCCAGAAAUCGGAAGAAGAAGCUCGCAAUAGUACCGAUAUAGUGGCCCAGAAUUCACUUUAUUAAUUUUUCUGAAAAAAUUUCAUUUGUACUGCGUUUUAAAACGAGAUAUAUAUAAUAAUAUAUAAUAAU